UCGUUAAGAAUUUUAAAAUAUACAUUAAACAUUUUCGUUUUCUGAAUGAUCAUGAGUUAUAUUUAUUUAUAAAAAAGAUUAGUUUUUUAAAGUGGUUUCUAAUAAUUUUAGUUAAUUUAUAAUGGCGCCAAGAGAAACACCUAAAGCCACACCAAAAGUGCAACGUACAAUUAUAAAAUCAACAAAGCCGAAAGCGUCCCCAGUGGCGACUAUAAGAAAAGCAAUAACAUCUAAGAAAACCCCAGAGAAAAGUCUUAAACUUAACAACGCAACUCUUCAGUCUAGAACUCGUACAAGUACAGUUCCUAAGAUGUCAACCCCUAAGCCAAAAGAACACAAACCAGCACAGAUACCCAGUAGUGCGUCCAAAAGUGCGAAAAAGGCAACAUGGAAACGAAGACCUAAACCAGCACAUUCAGGAGUACCAGUUCCUGAAAAAAUGAGAAAAUUGCUUGAAAAACAGUUACAGGAUUCUGAUUGUAGUUUAUAAAUUUACUUAAAACAAAUGAAAUAACAUUAUAUGUUAUAUAAACAGCCUGUAAUAAGAAAUAUUUUAUUUUCAUACAUUUAGAUUAAGAGACAGGCCAAUUUUGACUAUUGCUUCAUAUUAAAGCACCUUUCUUACAUUUUCUUGACAAGUGCUAUGAAAACAUUAUAUAAAAAAAUAAAACCAUGUAACAUCUUGCAACUCGCAAGAAUUAUAUCACCCUACAUUUUUAAAUUGACAGUUUUUGUUUCUUUUUUAUGUGCUAAGGUUUCAGCCAAUAUAAUUUUGUUUUAACAAUAAUUAUUAUUUGACACUAGAAAUUGUAUUUUUUUAAUAAUUUAAGUUUAUAAUACUUUGUAAUAUGACUUGAUUGUAAAUGGGACUAUACUACCUUGCCUCUGAAUUAAGUAUGUUGUGCCAUUUUAUUUAAUUUUAAUAAAAACUAUAAAUUAC